ACUAUCGGAGUCUGUAGACCACCGGAAUACAGAGAAAGGACUACGCUGCUGGGGUCGUUUGACCGAGAGAGAUCCAAAGUUCCGUGUACACCACCGGUCGAGAUUUACCGAUGGAAUAUGCUUCCUUCAAAAGUGUAAAUUUGAGGGAACUAGAGGCUAGUCAAACUGGGAAGUAUCGAGGAUGUAUUUUAGCCGGAGCUCUGUACUGUAGCGAUCGAUGAAGAGACAAGCGCUUGUGACAUAGCUGGCUCCUCAGCGAUCGAUACCUAGCUAACACUGAGUUUGCGCUGCUGGCUUGUGUAGACACUAAACAUUGAACUGGUCGGCUAGCCACCGAAAACAUGUCUACCAACAGGCCUAAACCCUCGGUCCGGCCCUCACUUCCACCAAUGCCGGACCUUACCCAUUUGACCGAAGAUGAACGAAAAAUUAUUGAAGACGUGCUAAAACGCCAACAUGAUGAAGAGGAGAAAGAACAGGACAUGAUCAGGCAAAUGCAGACCGAUCUGGACACAUUUAAAGUCUCAGUGGAAAAGGUCAACGAAGAGGCCAAGAAGAUCGGACCUCCAAAUCAGGACACAGGUGCCAUUUGUCAAAUAUGUCACAAAACGAAAUUUGCCGAUGGAGUCGGACAUCGAUGCAACUACUGUCACCUACGAUCAUGUGCCCGAUGUGGAGGUCGAAUGGCUUUAAAACCUAACAAGAAACCUCCCCCUGGGGCGAAAACAGAAACACCAGUGAUGGUUUGGGCCUGCAACAUGUGCAAGAAGAAGCAGGACAUUUUGGCCAAGACUGGACAGUGGUAUCAUGGUGGCAUGGCCAAACCCGUCCAACUGGACAAUCUACCACAGGGAGAGGGGCCAGCUGGACAGAACAUCAGUCCCCCAAAUGAAAAACGUCAGAAGAUUCAUGGGGAAGGUCCCGAUAAAGAGAAUUCGGAGGAUAAAAAGGGUCACAAAAUUGUACGGACAGGAAGUUUGCAAGGGAGAGAACUCAAGAGACAGUUUUCUUUGGAUGCACCAAAAAACCAUAGUGAUAGAUCAGGAUCUCAAAAUCUUACUCCAGACAUGGCAGACAAAGAAAAAGGAUCGCGUGACAGGGGUCAUUUACCCUCGGAGAGGGGUCGAACCCGGGACCGCUCCCCAGCAGCCAAUCGCCACCACAGUGAGUCUCGCCUUUCAGAGACAGACAGACGUUUUAAUGCUCAAGAAUGGAGAAACAUUGAACAGGAAUCUCGGUACCGGCGAGGGGACACAGGUCGUGAGCCUCGGUCUCGUGACCAGUCUAGGGACCCAGAUCACAUGGAAAAGGGAAAAUACACGGAUGAUAAACGGCGAGAUCCACGUGAUGCACAUGUCGAUAGACUAAUGGACGACAGGGAUAGGAAAAGGGAAAUAUCUCGAGAAAGAUCAAGGGGUUCCAGGGAGGAGCUUGGACGAUCGACCAGGGAUGGACGUGAGGAUCGGUCGAAUCGUGACCCCCGUGAUUGGGAAGAGGGGUCACGAAGACGGGACGGACCCGGUGAUAAACGCAAGGAUAGACAGACAGCGCCGGUAGAUAACCUGAAUAUCUACGACUUUGCAGAUAAAGAUAAUAAAGGUUCAAGAGAAAAGUUGGACUCUCUUGAAAAUGAUAAGCGAAGAGUUCGGGACCCUCACAGUAAACCCGGAGGGUCACCACACUCGCGUGAUAAUACUCAGAACUCUAGACAUUUAAAUAAUAGGCAUCCCCGUGAUAGGCUUGGUAGUGGUAGUAAAGACCGUCGGUCACCAACGACGGGAGAUACACGUGAAAGACGGAAAGAACCGGAAAUUUAUAAUUCCCAUGUACGAUCACCAAGUCUAAACCGACAUAAUAUACGUAUUGAGCGAGUAGGGGAUUCCCCAACAGUAAUGGAAGAACAAGUAGAUCACGACAAAUACCACGAUAAAAAACAACAUCUAGAUCCCAGUACCGCCGCCACGGGACGUAACUCCCGCAGUAGAAAAUUGGAUAUAUCCAUGUCUAGGAAUGAUUCUUUAAGCUCAGACCCCUCAGACUGUGCCAGACCGCCUCCCCCGAAACCCCACAAACACCGAAGGGGUAAAAAAUUGCAACAGCAUUCCAUUAGUAGCUCCGACGAUGAGAUUCGCUCCACACCAGAAUGCUCCAGCUGCGAAGAACCGGAUUUGGAAAUUGAAAGCGUCAUAAGUGAAAAAGGAGAGUUUGAAAUGGGAGAGGAACGCUGGAGGAAAGAUGAAAUACUAGCAGCAAAAAUCAAAAAGUUUUUAUCGCAUCCAGUGACGUGGCAGACAUCUGCAGACGGAGUGAAAAGGAUCGGUCACAUGAUACUGAAGAAAACGGUUUUGGAAGGUACGGGAAAAGACGACUCUGGUGCGAUCUUGGGUUUAAAGAUAGUCGGUGGACAGGGAACUGAACAAGGGCAAUUUGGUGCUUUCAUUACUAAAGUCAAAAAGGGUAGCAUAGCCGAUACAGUGGGUCACCUACGCCCAGGUGAUGAGGUGAUUGAGUGGAAUGGGCGUGGCCUCCAGAGGGCAACCUUUGAAGAGGUCAAGGACAUAAUUCUAGAAUCAAAACAGGAACCACAAGUGGAACUUAUUGUACAUAGAAGUGUUAGUUCGGGAGAAAUUCCACCUGGCGUGCAACCAACAGUGGACCAUUCUCUUGGUCGUGAUGGCCACAGUAAUCGUGACUAUACCCACAACAGAGAGCAUAGGGACCACCGUGACCGUGACCAUAGGGACAGAGAUUACCGACAUAGUAAGGAUACACUUAGUACUGGUCACCACUCGAGUAGACCAAGCGUGAUGGUUACCUCCCCUGGCUCCUCAGUAGAACCACGAUCACGAGCUAGUUCACCUCCAAUUUCAGGGAAAAUACAGGUGAAAAUAUGGUAUAAUUCUAAGGGCAAUGAGUUGAUCAUCACAAUCAUCAGUGCUCUAGACCUUCCUCUGACGGACAAGAGCAAAUUCCGCAACCCAUACUGCAAGCUAUAUCUGCUACCAGAUCGCAGGUACCUACGAAACUUUGCCGAGCGUCAUCGGGAAGUGGCAUUUGAACCGUGUGACAAAAGCAAGCGCCGUACAAAGACACUUUCAAACACCAAUGACCCAACGUGGAACCAGACAUUCAUGUUUUACCCGAUAACGGAGUCGGACUUCCGGACACGUGUCCUCGAGAUCACAGUCUGGGAUUACGAUCGAAUAGGAGCCAGUGAAUUUCUAGGGGAGGUUUUGAUAGAUAUCCAUUCAACCAAUUUAAAUGAUGAACCUCUUUGGUAUCAGCUAGGCCAUCAUGACGAAACUAGCAUCCCUCUGCCGCAAUCUUCCCCACGAACGAAGUCUAGCCAAGAUCCUUAUGACCUGAGAAAGGCUCUCUCUCCCCCAGUCAGCCUACGUGGCCUCAGCGACAGCGAUAUGUCCGAAUUGGACUUUGAUGACAGCGUAGGGGUCAUCCCAGCUGGCAUCUUUCCAGAUUGCGUUAGGGAUGACCGAACCGAGCGCCGCCGACUGUCAGGCAAGAACAAUGAGAUGCUGUCAGUACCACGAGACCAAGCGCCCCAAACCCAUCAAAGUUCAAGGUCACCACAUCCUCCAGAGAAAGGUCACUCUAGUAGAACAAGGUCAAGGUCGCCUUCUUCCUACCACCGCGUGCCUGAAUCAGCGUCCCGGUCUCUCUCACCACCAGAAUUAAGUAAAUCAUCUCCAAAGCGAAGGAAGCUUCCGGCAAUCCCACUCGAAGCUCAAAUGGCAGGUCGAGACAAAGCGACUCAGGACUUGGAGAAGCGAGCCCAGAAAUUGACGAUGAAGAUGAAAAUGUCCUCCAGUGGUGCAAAUAUGUCGGACAGCGAGAGUUACCGCAGUAGGCGAGACUAUCACCGUGGUGACUUCCGGGAGCGAUCACGUGACAGAGGCAUGUCAGGGGAUCGAGGAGAAAUGAUGUACGAGAGAAGCGGCCAUGGCAGCAACGAUUUUGAUCGUCCACAUCAUCACCGUAGAUCUAGAAGAAAUCCUGAGUUUAAUCCGGACAUUGGUGAUGAUAUGGGAAGUGAUGCCUCUGAGACGAGUGACAUGUCUGAGGUAUCGAAAGUGAGCACGCUCAGUGUCAGAUCGACACAAUCCGAUCAUCCUCGGCGCACGUUCAGUGAGUUUUCCCAGAGGAUGGGGAUUCGAACUACCGUUCCACGUCGGCAGAUAACCCCAAGUUCCAGCAGCGAUAGCCGUGACAGUUAUGAAAAAACCGAUGGCAGUAUGUCCGACUCCGCUCUUAGUGCCAGCGUGACUGAGGGUCGUAAACGGAGACCAAGUCUUGGCCACAAAAUGGCUACCUUUGUGGGCUUACCUUGGAAAAGUAACAGUGCCUCACAGUUAGCAGAGGCAGGUAAGAAGAAGAACUCAUUCCAAAGAAGUGUAGAGGUUGGGCAUGGUCUGGAAGCCAAGUACGGGAGAAUGGUGAAACAGGCGAGUAAAGACUCUACAGACGGCAGUAUCGGCAGCAUCAGUAGUGACUCCGGCAGUGUGGUCUGGCAGCCCCCAGGUGGUAAUCCCGCCCUUGGUCCUGAAGGGCAGUUCGGAGAAUUCAUUGAGGGCCUUGGCCCAGCUCAGCUGGUGGGCCGACAAGUUCUUGGUUCACCGUGUCUUGGCGAAAUCCAGCUUGGCCUUUAUGACAGGAAAGGUCAUUUGGAAGUAGAGGUCAUACGGGCACGGGGAUUAAUGGCAAAAUCGGGGGCCAAAAUCUUACCAGCUCCUUAUGUAAAAGUGUACCUCAUUGAUGGAAAGACUUGUGUGGAAAAACAGAAGACGGUGGUGGCCCGGCGUACUCUAGACCCCCUUUAUCAGCAACAGCUUGUCUUCAUGGAGCAGUAUGGGGGUAAAAUUCUCCAGGUGACAGUUUGGGGCGAUUAUGGACGAAUGGACAGGAAAGUGUUUAUGGGAGUAGCACAGAUUUUACUGGACCACCUGGAUCUUACGAACAUUGUGAUUGGCUGGUACAAAUUAUUUACAAGCAAUUCAUUGGUCGGUCAUCACUCGUCCACUUCCACUCUCGGUCAUUCUCGCAAAGGCUCAACUACGUCGCUAGACAGUGGCUACAAUAACAGUAGUCCAAGAACAUAGCACAUGGCAUCAACAUAGCAAUGUCAAUAAAUUAGUACUAGGAAAAUUCUUCAUAGUAAUUUUGUAUUAAAUCACACAGUAAUUCGUUCAUACCCCUAAGAAGAUGAAUGUAGGAAAAUAAUGUCUUCUCUGAUGGCUACAGAUACUAGCAAUGGUAGCAGUACUUACGAACGUUUUUAUUAAGAAAACCUAAGUCAUUCCAAGAUGAUCGAAGUACCGUGUGAUCAAUUACUUCACUUCAUGUGGUUAAGAUAGAUAUUUGGACGUUCAGUUUCAUGUGACCUUUAAACUAUUUGUUACAUAAUUGCGAUUAUUUUAACAAACAAAGAGAACAUUUGAUAAUCAAGCUUUAAAUACUCGUUUGUAGGAUGUGAUGGAAUUGCAUUUAGUCAUAAUCUAGGACAUUAAUGAAUACAUCAAUUUUCAAAGUGUGUUUCUCAAUCAUUUUAGUCAUUCAUAAAGGACUAUCAAUAGCAACCAUUCUCCCAUUCCUAAAAAGAGCUGAACAAAACAUGUGGUAUGUAGAUAACUCACAUUCCGCGUUUACCGAUAGUGUUUACAAUAUAUUAAAAUUGAUUGCCUUUUUUAUACCACACUUAAUCAACCAUUGUAAUGAUUGUCUUCAUUUGUGGAAGAUGCUUGUUUACCUGAUCACCCUUGUUAACUGAUUGGACUGAACUUCCCUUUUGAUAUUGGGUUGAACCAAGUUGUACACAGGGGAGAUAGUUUGCUGUUUUGUGUGAUUUUCCCACUUCCCUUCUUUGCACAAUGAAGCACCAAUAGUGCUAGCUAGCAAUUAGACAGGUAGAUGUCAAAGACAUUAUUAUAAGAAUGUCGAGUUCGUUAAUUGCUGGAUUCAUUAAGAGUCUUGACCUCUUGGUACAAAGGUCAUUCGGAAGAGGAAUGUUUUUUUCCAAGGUUGUGUCUAUGGCAUUAAGUCAUUGGUAUGAAUGGCAUUAGCUGUAAAAAUGAAGAAAUGGGUUGUUAUGUGUUUUUAAAUACACUUGUGUGUAUAUAUGUAUAUGGAGUGACGAAGGGCAAGAAAGUGUUUGUGCUCAAAGACUAUUUGUUAUGCAUUUACAUGCUGCAUAGUUGCUAAAUGUUUGAAUCAUGGGAGAAAGAGAUAAAUUGUCAUUUUAAUGUACCUGUAAUUUAGAUCAAAGACUAUUCAAUGGUAACCAGCAUAAUAAUACACAUUUUUUGUGAAUAAUUUGGAAACAUUUUUUUUCCAACUGCUGACUAAACGCCGCAGGGUGAUUAGCCAUAUACUGUUCAUUUGCAUGUAUGCAAAUGCGUUAAUUUUCCAUGUGAUUUAAAUAUUUAAAUGCACUUUUCAUUUGCAUAUGCAAAUGCGUUUUAGUUAAAUUCUUAAUCUGUGUGAGUAAAUUUAGAUAGCAAUGUAACACAUUAUUUCUCCACGACCAGAAAUGUUAAAUAUAAUCAUAGCAAUUGUUUUAUAUCUACGAAAUGCAUAUAUGAAAGAGAUCAUAAAAUAUUAUAUCAGAUGUCUAACUGUUAAACAUUAUCAGAAAUGCUUAGAAUCGCAAGAACCAUAUUUGAAUAUACGGUCAUGUUACUAGACGACCAUAUUUCUAUAUAUUAAUGUGCAUGCUGAUUUGAAAUGUAGAAUCGUAAAUGCAUUUGAUAAUUUUGAUAUGGAUUGUCAUUUCAGCUAUUGAAUAGCCAAGCUUUGGCCAGUGUCAACACCAUAAUUACGUUCAUACAUUCAUCUAUUACGUGUUGUAAGCAUGAAUGCAAUGCCUUUGAUGAUGUACAUCAACAAGAAAUUGACACAUUAUCCUCGAUGCUCCAGGAGUUGCACUCACUUACGUUAUCUGCACCUCAUGAAUAUGUCAUGUGAGAAUCGAAAGAUCAGUGUGCGCCGCCUUGUGGAGGAAACGAGCAGAUUGGUUUGAUCAUUUGAUGUACCUCGAAAGAAUCUCGCGGUUGCUUAUCGGUAAAAUUGACUGGCUUUUAAGUCCGGUGUCGAUCAUCUGUAAUCUUCAAACUACGGUCGCUCAUCUGUAUUCUUCAAAGUACGGGUAUCAGCCUAGAGAUUGGUCAUAUUUUGUUUACCCGAGA